UCACUUCCGGGUCACGCUGUGUUCGCCGCCUGGUGGUUCGAGUGUUUUACGUCGCUCGGAUUUUCUGAGUAAACCCUCGCUUUUCUUGCUUAUUGACGCUAACAUGAGCUAUAGCCGCGAUGGUGUAAGCAGCUGCUCCUCCUCUUCUUCUUCUGUGGCGAAUAUGAGUGGUUUUUAACAGCUGUCAUCGCUGCAGACCGGAGGUUUUUCGCUGCUUUCGUAGGUAAACACCGGGCCUGUCAUUCACUCUGCUGUACACACAUUUGGGCUUUACUUGUGAAGAGGCAGAAGGUGUUGUGCUUUGCAGUCUGAGGUUAAAGUUGGGAUGAAGAAGCUAGUAGCUCCAGCAGCCUCUCUCAUGAAUUAGGACGCGGUGUUUUCUAAUACAGGCAGUUAACAGACGUCUCCUUUAAAGUGAGACGCUAUGGCAGCAGAUCAGGACGUCUGUCCUCACCUGGACUCUGUAGGUGAGGUGACCAAAGAGGACCUGCUCCAGAAAUCCCAGGGGACUUGUCAGUCAUGUGGAGCUGGGGGCCCAAACCUGUGGGCCUGUCUUCAGAGCGAAUGUCUGUAUGUUGGUUGUGGGGAGUCCUUUUCUGAUCACAGCACGCUGCAUGCACAGGUGAAGAAACACAACCUGACCGUGAACCUGACAACCUUCAGGAUCUGGUGUUAUGUGUGUGAGCGGGAGGUGUUUUUGGAUCAGAAGCCAGCUCUGGUUCCGGUGCCAGCUGCUCCCCACCACUCCAAAGCCUCAGAGCAGGAUGCAGUUCCCCUGGCAGCAGGUCAUCCACUGAAAGCUGUACCUAUUGCUGUGGCAGAAGAAGAAGGCUCAGAAUCAGAGGAAGAUGAGCUCAAACCCAGAGGUUUGACAGGAAUGAAAAAUAUUGGAAACUCCUGUUACAUGAAUGCUGCUCUUCAAGCUCUGUCCAACUGCCCUCCUCUCACUCAGUUCUUCCUGGACUGCAGUGGAUUGGUGCGGACUGAUAAGAAGCCAGCUCUUUGCAAAAGCUACCAGAAACUCAUCUCAGAACUCUGGCACAAGAAGCGGCCCAGCUAUGUUGUUCCGACCAGCCUGUCUCACGGCAUCAAACUUGUUAAUCCCAUGUUUCGAGGUUAUGCCCAGCAGGACACCCAAGAGUUCCUGCGCUGUUUGAUGGACCAACUACACGAGGAGCUGAAGGAGCCGCUGACGGAGUGCAGCCUGAGUGGGGAGGGAAGCGACACCGACGACAGGCGAGACGGAGACCGCUCCCCGUCUGAGGACGAGUUCCUGUCCUGUGACUCCGGCUCCAGCAGCGACCGAGGGGAGGGAGGAGGGGUGGGCGACGGCGAGCUGCUCCUGCAGGACGAGUGCGAUGGGUUCAGGUCCCCGUCCCUGGGAGUGGUAGGCGUCGGGUCUCCGGCGGUGAUCUCGGAGAAGGAAAGACUGAAGGAGAAGAGGGUGUCGGGCUCGCCGCUGCGUGGGGCCUCGCAGGAGAUGGACGAGGAUGCAGAUGUGGACACUGCAGCUGAGGAGGGGCCUCCUGAGAGGAGGGAGGAGGAGCAGCCGGCACCCGCACCAAACUCAGAGAUCCAAAACCAGGAGAACAACCAGAUGUCUGCUUCGGAGCAGGGACAAGUCCAGAUCAACAACACCUCAGAACCAGACAACGAAGCAUCAAUGACCCAGCCUCAGUCGACUCCCUGCAGUCCUGUUCGAACCCUUCAGGAGCUGCAUCCCAAACUGUCCUCCAGCCCGCCUCGCUCCAGCCCCCUCCGCUCUGCAGGACCCGCGUACUCCUUCAAAAAAGCUCAGCUGCUGUUCAGUUCCAGAAAGAAGAAGCAGUCCCACUUUCGCAGCGUGAUCUCGGACAUCUUCGACGGCUCCAUCCUGAGUCUGGUCCAGUGUUUAACUUGUGACAGGGUCUCCAACACAGUAGAAACCUUCCAGGACUUGUCCCUCCCCAUUCCCGGUAAAGAAGACCUGGCAAAGCUGCACUCCUCCAUCCACCAGAACCUGCCGGUGAAGACCGGAGUCUGUCCCGACACUUACGGCUCGCAGGGCUGGAUCUCCUACAUCAUGGACUCCAUCCGCCGGUUUGUCGUCUCAUGCAUCCCUAGUUGGUUCUGGGGGCCCAUGGUAACACUGGAGGACUGCCUUGCUGCCUUUUUUGCUGCAGAUGAACUCAAAGGAGACAACAUGUACAGCUGUGAGAGAUGUAAAAAAUUACGAAAUGGUGUCAAAUACUGCAAAGUGCUUAAACUUCCAGAGAUUCUUUGCAUUCACCUGAAGCGUUUCCGGCACGAGGUCAUGUAUUCGUUCAAGAUCAGCAAUCACGUGUCCUUCCCACUGGAGGGCCUUGACAUGCGGCCUUUCCUGGCUAAAGAGAGUCCGUCUCAAGUCACCACUUACGAUCUGCUGUCGCUCAUCUGCCACCAUGGCACAGCAGGAAGUGGACACUAUAUAGCUUACUGUCAGAAUGUGAUCAAUGGUCAGUGGUACGAGUUUGAUGAUCAGUAUGUGACAGAGGUCCAUGAGACCGUGGUGCAGAAUGCUGAGGCCUAUGUCCUGUUCUACAGGAAAAGCAGCGAGGAGUCGGUCAGGGAGAGGCAGAAGGUGGUGGCUCUGGCCAACAUGAAGGAGCCCAGCCUGCUGCAGUUCUACAUCUCCAGAGAAUGGCUGAACAAGUUCAACACUUUCGCCGAACCGGGCCCCAUCAGCAAUCACACGUUCCUCUGUCAACACGGAGGGAUCCCUCCUAAUAAAUACCACUACAUCGACGACCUGGUUGUGAUAGUUCCUCAAAAUGUGUGGGAAUACCUUUACAACAGUUUUGGAGGCGGCCCAGCAGUCAACCACCUGUACAUGUGCGCCAUCUGCCAGGUGGAGAUCGAAGCUCUGGCCAAACGAAGGAAAACUGAAAUUGACACCUUCAUCAAGCUGAACAAAGAGUUUCAGGCCGAGGAGGCUCCCACAGUGAUCCUGUGUAUCAGCAUGCAGUGGUUCAGAGAGUGGGAGAGCUUCGUGAAGGGCAAAGACAAUGAGCCACCUGGUCCUAUUGACAACAGUAAAAUUGGCAUUAUGAAAGGAGGACACAUCCAGCUGAAGCAAGGUGCAGACUAUGGACAGAUCUCAGAGGAGACAUGGCUGUACCUGUUGGGCUUAUAUGGUGGAGGUCCUGAGAUCGCAAUUAGACAGACAGUGGCCCCCGCUGACCCGGACAGCCUCCACGGAGAGAGGAAGAUCGAGGCAGAGACGAGAGCACUUUAAGAUUAACAGAGGUCUUGUGAUUCUUUUUCCGCUCCUGUCCUCGCAGGAAGCCGAGGAGUUUGCACCUUGUCGAAGAAGCGUCGUGAGCACUUUGUAAAUGUAGCAGCGCAAUUAUUUUGAAGUGGGAAGAAGAGGAAAUGGUACUGAAACGUCACGUUCAUGCGCUAGUUCUGAGAGUCAGCAUUAGGGUGUAUAAAACUAAGGCUUUGUGUCACAUACUGCGGAGCUGUUUUUUGGUAGCCGUGGUUGUCUGCCGUAGUAGACGUUGUGUACUGCUUCGCUGGUUGUCACGGGCAGACAGCUUGCCGGUGUCACAAACCUGAGCGGUGAAAACAGACACAGCAAAUCAGACACAUGAACCGGUUUUCUGCCUGUUUUACUAGUUCCAUAGCAACAAGCUAAGUGCGAGAUCGCAAACAAACAAACAAAACAUCCGCUUCAACCUGAAAUAGAUGGAGCCCUCAGGAAUGGAAGUCUUUUUGUUUUGUUUCGUUUUUCCCUGUUUGUGCUGGCCAGUGAAACGACUAGAGCACGUUUGUUUAUACGUACACAACAUGCAUGCGUGGGUUCUGCACAAUCAUUUCUGGGCUCAAACUGCAUGCAGCUGCAAGUAAGAGCACUGUACAGAGAGACUGAGUUGUUUUGCUCAGGAUGAAAAUUUAGACGUUUACAUGCUGAGUCAUUUAAAUAUGAAGCUGCUUUUGUAUAGUUUCUGCAAGUGCUCACACGAGAUUAGGCAUUGUUCAUUUCAGUAGAACACAAUGAGACGGGAAUAUAUGAGAGAAUCUUGUGCAACAAAUCACAUUAACUGGCCUUUCUGAUGAGAAAUAUACAGGGCUGUAUUUUUUUGGGAGAGUUUAAAAAAACUAUGCUGUUUAUCAAAAAAAAAGUUUACAGAAACUUGUUAAAUUUGUUAGUUGAAUUCUGUUUGUUUUAUUUUGAAAUUCUCGUUUUUGCUUAUCAGGCGAGCCAAAAAUAUUUAAAGUGAAAUUUUUGUGCAUCUGUAAAUUUGUACUUUUUUGUUUAUUUCUGUUGUAUUUUUUUCUUCUGUUACAUCAACGUUGUCCUCAUUUCUCCACCUCCCUUAUUUGUUCUAAAUUAAUUAUGUCAUAACAGUGGAAUUGUUUUUGUUUUCUCAUUAUUUCAACUUGACAAGUCACUUUGUCCAUUAUUUCUGGCCAAACAAAAAACACUACAUACUUUAUUAAUCAUGCACUGUGUGUUUUGUUGAUGGAGACACUGGGUUAGUCAGGGGGAAUGUGAAGCUGCUGAUUCCAGUCAGAUUUUUCAGAGGCUGGAUUUUUUUCUUGAUACAUUUCUUGCAGAGAUGCACCAUGGGAUGUUUUAUAUUUUGGCACAAUAUUUAACCUAUAACACUGUUUCAGGUCAGUUUCCUGCCAGUUCAAACUGGAACUUUGACGAGUUUGCUUAAAGGAACAAAACAAAAUGACCCUAGAGUUGUUUUUUGUGAAACUAUGGCUUCUCCAAUAGCUUUUUCAUUUCAUUUCAGCUUUUUCAUUUUGCAAUCCAGUGCAUCAGGUGUCAAUUAUUUUCAGCAUUUGUCACUUCUUUUGUUGUUCCUGCCUUGGAACAUUUAAUUAUAGACAAACCGUCAUUGAGUGUAAAUACAAAAGUAUUAGAAUUAAACACCCACAUCUUCAAGAAUUUGAUAUUUUGAUAAAAAUAAACUUAAUUUUUGUCUUGAAGAAAAGGUAA